AUGGAGGGGCAGCAUUCGGAAAGGCCACACAGCCGCACCUCAUCCGACAGGACCUCAUCGGCCAUGUCCCACAACCCCAGAAACUCCUCCCAUGUCUCCACAACCAUGAAGGAUCCAGCACGCAUGACGAAGGCACUUGAGGACUGUGCCCACAGGGACAGACCUGUACAACCCACCACCAUCCUGCUCUGCAAGUCCAAGAGCAGCCAGGCUGCUCUGGUGCCCAAGGACCACAAGGUGUUCAUGGAGGAGGCCUACAAUGCGGCCAUCUGCUACAAGAUGCUCCGAGAUGUGAGCAGCUCGGACUCCCUGCACCUGAAGUACAUCAUCAAGAAGAUCAAGAAAAUGGCUCAGGGGUCCCCCAACCUGGUGAUGGAAACCAUUCACGACUACUUGAAAAACAACCCAGAGAUCUCCAACCGGCACAAGUUCCGGCUGUUCCAGGUCCUGGAGACCGUCAUUGGAGCCAGUGACUUCCUGGAGGAGACCUGGGAGAGACACUUCUUGCAGCUAGCCUUGGAGAAUAUGACCAAGUCCACGGAGCUGGAGGACAUGUACCAGGACGCAGCCAGUAAUGUGCUAGUGGCCAUCUGUCGGCACUCGUGGCAGGUGGUGGCCCAGCAUCUGGAGACAGAGUUCCUGACCGGGGUCUUCCCACACCGCAGCCGACUCUAUGUGAUGGGUGUCCUGGCCUCUCGGGAAGAGCUUCUCAAUGAGGAAGACAGGGCACACUGGGAACACCUGCUGGCCCAGAUGGCCGUCAAGUCGGUGCAGUUCUUGAACACAGACGUAUGGUCCAAGGAACUGCUGUGGACCCUCACUAAACCCAGCCGAACCCAGCAGGAGCAGCCCCUAGAGAAGGCCUUCCUGUUCACCUACUACGGACUGAUCCUGCAAGCAGAGGAGAACAGCACCACGGUCAGGACACACCUGUGCGGCCUCCUGCAAACCUCCCACCAGUGGCCCAAGCAGAGGGAGGGCAUUGCCCUCACUGUGGGGCUGGCUGCAGCCCGCCACUUGGAUGACGUCUGGGCUGUCCUGGACCAGUUUGGCCGGAGCACACCCAUCAAGUGGAGCCUCCACAGCUCCUCUCCAAAGAACUCUGAGGACCCGCGUUGGAAAUGGGCCAGCAGCACCCUUCUCCUUGCCUACGGUCAGAUGGCAGCCAAGGCGAAGAUCUACGUCCUGCCCUGGGUGGAUAACAUCCUGGCAAGGAUGAUUUUCUACUUCCGCUACAGCUCCUGGGACGAGACUCUGAAGCAGAGCUUCCUUACUGCAGUCCUCAUGCUGGUGGGAGCCAUCAGCCGGAGUGAGGGCGCCCACAGCUACGAGUUCUCCCAGACCAGCGAGCUCCUUGAGUCUCUGAUGGUCUUGUUGGAAAAGGAGCCCCAGGAGUCACUGUGCUCGACCAGCCGCCAGCAGACCUUCCGCAUCAUCUCCAGCCUCUGCAAGCUAAGGCCCCCCAUAGACAUGGACAGGAAAUCCCGACUGCUGUCCACCUGCCUCCGAAGUGUGUUUGCCCUGCCACAGCUGGACACCCUGGAGAAACACACCUGCCUCUUCCUGGAGCCACCCAACAUACAGGUGUGGAGUCUGGCCAGGAUGUGCAGGAAAUGGGCCUCACUGGGACGCUGCAGCAGACAUGGGCUCUUACCCCCACUCCCCAGAGCAUGGCUGACCCCCCGACCCUCUGUACAGACCCUGCACCGCCAGACCAUGGAGGCACUGGACCACAUGCUGCAGACCUUCCUCACGCAGAACCCCACGGCUGAUGAGCUGCACUCCCUGCUGUCGCACAUGUACAUCUGGUUGGCGUCAGAGAAGGCACACGAGCGGCAGCGGGCUGUGCACAGCUGCGUGAUCCUCCUUAAGUGCCUGAACCAGGAUGGCUGCCUGGACUCAAAGGAGGACUUCAAACGGAUGGGGCAGCUGGUGGGCGUGCUGGGGAUUCUAUGUCAGGACCCAGACAGCGCCACCCAGCACUCCAGCCUGGAAGGGGUAGGCCAUCUCUACCAGCUCCUGACAAACCAGAAAGAGGACAUUUCACUGGUGGAAUGGCAAACCUCCAAGGAACUCCCCCGGCCCAGCUCAGAUGCAGCCUCACUUUGGAGCAGCGGAGAUCCCCCCACCCCCCAGGAGACGGCGUCCCUAAAGGACCGCUUCUUUCAACUGGGCAGCUCUCAAGCCAUCAAGGCCAAAGGUGGGAUCUCACUAGGGUGCAGUGCAGGACCUAGAGUGGCGCUGGCCUUCAAUAAACACCCAUGGAGUCCACCCAAAUUGAACCAGAUAGUGAAGAAGUGGUGCACAUGCCUGCGAGCACCCCAGCAGGACUUGGUCCAGUCUCAGUGGACUCCAGAACCUGUGUUCUUGGCUACUGCGGUGAUCAUGAGGCACCUUACGAUGGAGGAGCUGACCGACCUCAUCUGGACAGUCAUCAACAGCCUAGGCUCUACCAGCCCUUUCCACGUGCAGGCAGCUGCCCAGCUGCUUCUCUCUGCCAUCCAGGAGCACGGGGCCAAGCUGUUGACUGUUGGCAGCAUGGGCCAAGCCAUCUACCACCACCUCUGUACCAUCAGCAUCCCCCAAGCCAAGAAGCGUGCCCUGCAGGCCAUCACCCUGCUGGCCCGGAAUCAUACCCCUGAGCUGGUGGCUGCCUUCCUGGACUUCUCCAUCACCCUGGACAGGCACGCCUUCUGCAUGUGGAGGGCCCUGGGGGCUGAACAACCAGUGAGCCACCUGGUGCUGGCUGUCCUGCUGGCCUGGCUACAGGAGCGGCCCCUGCCUACUGGUGCCAGCGACAUCAGCCCCCACCCCAAGGAGAAGACCUACCUGCGCUCACUGGCCGCCAUGAACACACUUCAUGAAUUGCAGUUUGCCCGAGAGUUCAAGAUGGCCAUGCGGGAGGCCUACCCCAAGCUGCUCCUGACCCUUCUCACCCAGGUGCACUAUGUCCUGGAGCUGAGCCUGCCCAGUGAGUCCCAGCCCGAGCAGCGCGCCCAGGAGGCGACCACGCCCAGCCCCCAGAGGUGUUCCACAUCACUGGAGGCGCUGAAGAGUCUGCUGUCCACCACAGGGCACUGGCGUGAUUUUGCCCACCUGGAGCUGCAGGGCGCCUGGAAGCACUUCGCCUCCAUCCACACUUAUGCACAGGGCGUGGGCCUCCUUGCCAGGGCCAUGGUGGAGAACCACUGCAAACAGAUCAAGGCAGUACUCAGUCACCUGCUGCCCAGCCUGCAGAGCCAGCAGGAGCGAGAAAGGAAGGCCGCCAUUCUCAUCUUCACCGAGUUCCUCUACAGCCCUGCCCUGCUGGAGGUGCUUUCCAAACAGGCCGCCCUAACCAUGCUGCUGCAAGGCCUCAGGGAUGCCAGCCUUGAGGUCCGUGUGUUCAGCCUGCAGGGCCUUGGGAACAUUCUCUUCCACCAGGAAAAGGGAAGCCUGCUUCGGGGGCAGCUGCCAUCCUUUCUUAGUGGCUUCUUCCAGAACAGUGAGCCUGUAGUCGUGGGCAUCAUGGGUACCGUAUCCAAAGUGCUACAUCGCCUGGGCAUGCAGGGGGCAGGUGCCCAGGCCCUCAGUGUUGCCAUCAAUGCCCGCUCCUUCUUCGAUGAUGAGCACGACAUGAUUCGAGCAGCUGCCAUGGCAUUGUUCGGGGACCUGGUGGCCACAAUGGUGGGCAGGGAGCUGAGCGGCCUCCGGACCCACGUGUACCAGAGCAUGGUGCCUCUGCUCCUGCACCUGAAGGAUCAGUGCCCAGCCGUUGCCACGCAGGCCAAGUUCGCCUUCUACCGCUGUGCAGUGCUGCUCUGCUGGCAGCUGCGGCACACCCUGUUCUGCACACUGGCCUGGGAGCACGGCGUCAGCACCCGCCACUUCCUCUGGACCUGUCUGAUGACCCACAGCCAGGAGGAGUUCAGCAUCCACUUGGCACAGGCCCUUAGCUACCUGCACAGCCGCCACCACCGCAUCAAGACCUGGGCAGCACUCUUCAUAGGGUACACCAUCUGCUACCACCCCCAGGCCGUGUCCCAGAUGGUGAAUGAUGUGGACAUCAAGCUGCUGUUGUGCACAUUUGAAGAACUCAAAAAAAACUCAGAGCCUGGCAUCCAGGAAUUUGCCACCAGACUACUCUCCUUCCUUGGGAAGGUACAAGCCAGACCUCAGAAGUGACUUCCAGCCUCUUCUCCACCUUCUCCUCCUCCUCCUCCUCCUCCUCUCUGUCCCACUCAGGACAGCCCUGCCCCACUGUCCAUACAGUUUGGUUGCAUAACAUUUUUCCAUUUGAAAGAAAAAUCUAGAUUCAACAAAGCAUGGCACUUGUCAGCUCCCUGCCCACCAUCCGUGGGCUCCUCUGCUGUGGCCAAACAAGGCCCCAGGAGACACUGGCAGGACUCAGGGAUAGGAUCAGUGGGGAGUGGGGUGGGGGGGUAAGAGACAAACUGGGAAGUCUGUGAUAGGCCCUGCAAAUGGCAGCCCCUCUGCUCCUAGCAAUGAGGUCAACUCUGAGUAACCUCAUGGUGCCCACAGCCUUCAGUCCGUCUCCAGCUUGGAGCUGGAGGGGCUGUGGGGGCUAAUGGUUGGGAAGGGCUCUCCACCAGCCCCCCUGUCUGCAGCCCAGGGUCUCCACCCCCACCUCCACCCUUCUCAGUCCAGUCAGGGCUGGCCCAGGGAGCAGCUGACAGCUGAACCAGUCCAGCCAACCCUGGAUGAGCUAUUACCCCUGUGGCAAAGGCCUUGGCUCUUUGGGCCUAUCUGUAAAAUGGGUACUAAGGCCUUUCCUCCCAGAUGCCAUGGAGGGCUGACUGCAAGGAGGAUCCCAUCUGUCAGCCAGGCUCUCCCCCCUCUUAGCCUCAGUUUCCCCACAUGUGAAGUGUGGUCUUUCACUUGUCUGUGUAUCCAGAGCUCUCCUGGGGCUUCACCCACAGGUAGCCUCCCAAGACCCUAUCAGACCAGCCAGCUCCCCACAGUGGGGACUAAUGGUUGCACUGGCUGACCCCAUCUGUCCCUCUACACUUGGCUCUAUGCCCUCCACCUGAGCACCUCCCCUACCCCAGACCCAGCUGUGGGGUCCCUGCUGGACAGAAGACCCCCAACACCCCACCUUGCCCAGACGAAUCCCCAGGCUUUCACCCUCUGCCACCCCUAGAGUGUGAACCUCUUAGGGCAGGGACUCGCUGCUCAGGACCAACAGAGGUCCCAAAUCUGGGGUGAUGGAUUGAAAGAAUACCAUCACCUUCUGUAAAUGUGCCACAGGUGUAGCUGAGUUCCCAGACACACCAUUUGAGGAAAGGAGAAAAUAGCCAUCUGAUAGAGCAGGGCCCCUCUCCACCCAGGAGCUCGGUGCCCAGGCUCUGUCCCAUCUCUUCCAUGUUUCUCUGGGAAGUAGAGCUGUUCAAAGGGCUUUUGGGGCAAUUUUGCCUUCCUGUGUGUCCCCAUUUGUCCUCUAGCCUCAGGUGCCUGCUACUGAGCCAUCCUCUGCUUGGUCCCUGGCUGGGGAGGGUCCCGAGUCCAGCUUGGUGUGGGAGUAGUAGCCUGGGCACGGCAGCAGUCUCCCCUAGGGUCAAGUUUGCUGGUUGCCUAUCGUCUCCCCUCCAGCAUCCUGGACUGAGGGCAUCAGGCCCAAUUCUGUAGCUGCCUCUAGUUCCUCCUCCUCUCUGAGCAGACUUGUUUAGGAAAAGCCUGGGGCUGGAAGGGUCUAGACAAGCCCCUCAGGCUCUCUGAGUCUGUCACUCAACUGGAAAUGGAGGAGAGAUACUGGCCAGGCACUGGGGACAGGAAGGUUGUGAGGACUUCACACACAGUAGGUGUGUUUCAUUACAGCACUCCCAGCAACAGCAGUUCAAGUCAGGCCCAGCGGAGCAGGCCUGAGGGCGGAAAGAUGGGGCCUGUAUUCCCCUUGGUGCCCCUGCCAGGCCCCUAGGAAAGGUGCAGCCUCCCCAGGCCACCCAGGGCCCCACUGCAAGUGUGAGCAGGACAGGUCCAGUUGGGUGGUGCUGUAUUUGAGGACAUGAGCUUCCAGCAAGGCGUCACUGUGCUGCCCAGGCAUGAGGCCCACCCUCCUGGGAGAAAGGGUGAUUUCUGGGGGGGCUCCAUGGGCCUCUCUCAGGUGCCUGGGGACCCAUUCCAGAGUGGGGUAGGGUAGGAGGACAUAGGCAUAGGGUUGGGCCCACAGCGGGAAAGGCCCAACUCGAGUGACAGAUGCAGGUGGAGGUAGCUUGGGCUCUGUUCUGGGACUGUAUCAUUGACCAGGCAGGGAGUAGGAAGGGGGGUCAUCCAAGGCCUGUGGGUUUCCACAGGCCAUGUCAGUGCUUUGAGGCCCUAGGGUAACUGCAUACACGUAGCCAGCCAGGCCAUCACUGGGUCUGCCCUCUUCCCAGCUGGGCCUAUCCUUGUCCCCUUUCCCCAACCCAGGGACAGGCUGGCUCCAGCUUGGGAAGCUGUGUACAGAAGCAUGUGAAUGGUGCAAUUCGAAUUUGAAUUCCAGCCCCAGGCACUGCGCGCCUCCCCGUACCCUCACCCGCCUCCUCUCCCUCCAGACUGAUGGACUGUGCUUUCACCCUGACCCGAGGACCACUGCGCCUGAUGCACAUCACACCACCCCCCACUGGGCUCCUUUGGGCUCAGGAAGUUAAAAUGAGGACACCUGGUAGAGGUGGGAAGGGAGGUCACCCUGCCUGACACAGGGCCCUGAAGAAGUGACAAGUGCACUCCACCCUGUCCUGCAGAUGGGCAACAUUGGUGACCAACCUCACCUUCUAGUGUCCCAUCCCCAAAAUGAACUCAGCAACACAGUCCAAGACGCAGCUCCCCUCUGCUGUAUCAGGGAUACGGAGACCCAGGUCAGGGUGUGCAGGGCCUGGCAUGGCCACCAAGGGGUCCCACGGGAGCACACAGGAGCCGAGAGCAAGGAAGGAGGAACCCAGGAGAAAUGGGAGUGGGGAAAGCAGGGUCCCAGGAUGGUGGCCUCCCAGGGGCCCAUAACCAUCUGGCCACCCCCGUCUGGCCCUUCCCCCACU